UGGCCUCCUCCACUCCGUGGGGAUGAAAAGGGCCACUCUGUCCCGCCCCUGCAGUGACUGAGAGGAGAGGCUGCUUAUGCAAGAUAAUUCUUCACAGAUAAGACGCCCUUCACAACUUUUAACCACAUGACGAUGUGGCAACAGCAAUGCGCUCACACACCUGUUCAGAAGCUCCACUGUCCAAUCUCAGGCGCGAGGCGGGGGAGCUGUGAGGACUGGGUGCGGAAGGAAGACGCGAUCUGUACACGCUCAGAGGCCCCUUGCCUCGGAUAGGAUUAAGUCCCGAAGAGAAACCGUGAAUGCGAGGGUUUGCCCAUUACUGACCCCCUCAAUUACUUGCACCCUUCCAAGGGACACAGAUGUUGCCAAUACCCGCCGGCUCCGCUUGGGGGCGCAAGACCGAGAGUUCUGCCCCGAGGCGCCUCCAGCAGCUCGGAUAAAACCGCCUCCGCGGCCAGCUGGCCCCCUCCUUGUCUCUGAGUUUCCCAUGGCCUCGCCGUGGGCGCAGCGCUUCUGCGAGGCGGCGCCCUCCAAGGCAGCAACUUCGACGGCGGCGGCAGCAGCAGCAACGCUGCCUGCUUUCGAGGCCGGACUUUGGCACGGGCUGUGCCUGGGCAGCGCAACGCUGAGCUUGCUCGGGGUGGCGCUACUGAAGGCGCUUCGAAGCCACCGACAUCGCCGCGGAUCGUGCCGGGCUUCCGACGGCCGCUUGGGCACGGCCAGCGCGCUCCGGAGAGCCGCCCUCUCCAGCGGUUGCCUGGGCACGGCGGGGAUCCUCCUCCGUUCUCUGCUGUGGCUGGCACCGCCUUCUGGGUUGGUCUGUCCCCUCUGCAUCCUGACUCUGAUCUGGGUGCAAUACUGCUUCGUCUCCCACUUCUGGGCCCUCUUCUGCUACUCGCUGGAGGCCUUUCUGCUGCUGCGGGACCCAACUGGCCACAGGUCCUUAACCCUCUACUACUUGCUCUGCUGGGGAGUAUCGACCAUUCAGUUCCUUCCAGGUCUUCAGCUGUUGAUGGCUCCACCAGAUGCACGUUGCAGCUCCCACCAGCCCUUGGCUGAGGUCCUGGCUGUGGCACAUUGUGCUGCUUCCUACGUCCCGCUCACCUUGGUCCUCCUGGGAAGUCCUGUGCUCUUUUCCAGGGCCCUUGCGGCAGUGCCCGCUCUGCUGCAGAGGGACGUGGGGAGGUACACAGCCAGUGAACGGCGGCAGCAGCAGCAGCUCCGCAGGAGGUUCCUCUGCAUCAUGGCAACCUUCGUGGCCUGCUGGAUGGCAAAUGUGGUGAAUGAGGUGCUGCUGCUGCUGGAACGAGAGUCCUUGUGGAGGUUGGAGACCCGGCACCUGUUGCAUGAUGCAGCCCUUGCCUGCUGGGCCAUGAUGGCCAUCCUGAAUCCUCUCUCUGGGUUCCUCCUGAUGCUGGUGUUCUCGGUCCGGAGAAGAGACUCGUUUGUCAGGAGGAGAAGGCCCACCUGGGGGGCCUCGGGUGACACUUUGGAGGACAGUGCCAGGAACUGUGACCUGCUCUCAGAGGCCACCCGUGACCCUGCGUUUGGCUUCCUGGUGAGCCCUGGGAUGCUGGAGGUAUCCAGCCUCUUGGCUUCAUUGGACACCAGCACCUCCAUGGACGACUUCUACUCAGUGGCCGAGAACAGUCCCGUCCAGCCUCUGUGCCAGGAUGUGCAAGUGAGCCAGGAAGAGGGAAGUUCGGCUGAAGGCUGCUGCAAGGAGGGGCUUCUGGGCUGGAGCUGCAGGGGCUGAAUCGAGGCUGUGGUGCCCCGGCUGGCUGGCUUCCUCUCGCUCCCCCAUGAGGCUAGCCUCCUAGGACCACCAUCUUUCCUCUUCCUCCUGUGGUUCAAAAUCCCUAGGUUGAUGGACAGAGCGCCUGGAAACAGGCUGGCUGUGAGUAAUUAAACACACGUCUUUGUACCUGG